CUUCCCUCGAUAUUUUGAAGACUGAAAAGAGGAGAGGAAGUGAGAAGCCCGUCGUGUGGGUGGGGAGGAGAAGGAAGCUCUCUUCGGUUUCAGAGUUUUCGUCUCCCUCCUCCUUCCUCCUCCGCUCAUCAUCAUCAUCAUCAGCAUCUCUGCCUCUGUCCCAUUUCUUCACGAAGGAGCGUCCGGACGGACACAAACAAGUGAGGAACUGAAAAACCCUAGCGGGGUUUAAUCUACAAUGUUCUGUGCAAUAUCCGGCGUUACGCCGGAGGAGCCCGUGGUUUCGAAGAGAUCCGGACUUCUGUUCGAGAGACGGUUGAUCGAACGACAUAUAUCGGAGUAUGGGAAAUGUCCUGUUACUGGAGAGCCUCUUACUAUGGAGGACAUCGUUUCGGUGAAGACGAAUAAGGCCGUCAAGCCAAGGCCUGUUCAAGCUGCAAGCAUUCCAGGGAUGCUCGGGUUGUUCCAAAAUGAGUGGGAUGCUCUGAUGUUGUCUAAUUUUGCACUGGAGCAGCAGCUGCAUACUGCGAGACAAGAGCUAAGUCAUGCAUUAUACCAGCAUGAUGCUGCUUGCCGAGUCAUAGCAAGAGUUAAGAAGGAAAGGGAUGAAGCAAGGGCUUUACUGGCUCAGGCAGAGAGACAGAUUCCCCUCAAUGCACCUGCUGGUGUCCCAGUGAAUGCCUCAGUUAUUAGCAAUGGCAAAAGAGCUGCUGAAGAAGAGGAUUUGGGUCCUGGUGGAAAGAGAAUCCGUCCUGGCAUAUCUGCAGCUAUUAUUGAGGAACUCACAGAAUGCAAUGCAGUACUGUCAGGGCAAAGGAAGAAGCGUCAGAUUCCCCCAACAUUGGCAUCGAAAGAAUCGCUAAUGAGUUACACUCAGAUUUCUAGUCAUCCACUGCACAAGACCAACAAACCAGGCAUUCUAUCUGUAGAUAUCCAUCCGACAAAAGAUGUCAUUGCAACAGGUGGUGUUGACACAAAUUCUAUAAUUUUUGACCGAUCUUCUGGCCAGAUUCUUUCCACUCUUAGUGGGCACACGAAGAAGGUUACAUGUGUUAAAUUUGUGCCUCGAGAUGAGUUGUUUAUAACUGGUUCAGGUGAUAAGACGGUCCGUGUAUGGAGAGGGUCUGAAAAUGACGACUAUAGUUGCCUACAUGUCCUGAAGGAUCAUACAGCCGAGGUGCAAGCUGUAUCAGUACAUGCCACACAUAAUUACUUUGUGACUGCUUCAAUGGAUGCCACAUGGUGCUUUUAUGAUAUUACUUCAGGAAUGUGCCUCUCACAAGUCCAGAAGGCUGAUGAUUCCGCUGGUGAGGACGGUUAUACUUCUGCUGCUUUUCAUCCCGAUGGUCUUAUCCUUGGGACUGGAACUUCGGGAGCUGCAGUCAGAAUUUGGGAUGUAAAGACUCAGACAAAUGUAGCAACAUUUGAUGGACAUGUUGGGCCUGUUACUGCCAUCUCCUUCUCAGAAAAUGGAUAUUUUCUUGCGACAGCAGCAAGGGAUGGUGUGAAACUCUGGGAUCUGCGCAAGUUGAAGAACUUCAGGUCCUUCAGCCCUUAUGAGCCAAAUACACCUACAAAUUCUGUGGAAUUUGAUCACAGUGGUGCCUACCUUGCAAUUGCCGGUUCAGACAUAAGGAUCUAUAAUGUUGGUAGUGUCAAGCAGGAAUGGGAUUGUAUUAACACCUUGCCAGAUUUGUCAGGAACAGAUCGAAUUACGUCUGUGAAAUUUGGGGUUGAUGCGAAAUACUUGGCAGUGGGAACCAUGGACAGAAAUCUUCGAUUCUUUGGCCUGCCUGUUGCUGGAGCAGAAGAACCGUGAAUACGUAACAUAAUGCCUGCGUGCUAGGUGCACAGUUCUCGUUCGACUUGCUCAGCUCAGGUUUCUGCCCCGAGUAGCAAUUGGAAGAUGAGCAAAGUUGGACUAAAGGGCUUCCUGUUGCAAAGAAUGGCCAUCUGUUUUUUUUUUCUUUUUCUUUUUCAUUUUUCCCUUUUUAAUUUUUGUAAUUGUCUCUCCUUAGUUGCUACAUUGAGUUUUAGAAGAAGAGCACUUGCAUGAGCAUUUUUUCUGUUGUACUGUCAUGUAAAAUUGAGGAUCAUCCUAAGUUGGUGUCUUCUUUUCUCUAA